GCUGGCAAGUGGGGGCCUAGACCCUGGAAGGCAGGGGACUGCGAGCUGGGCUGGCGGAGCAGAGGUGCAGAAGCAACUGAGUCCAAGUUGUCUGGCAGCUUCAGGUGGACCCAGAAGACAUCCCCAACUCAGGGAGAUUCAGCGAUCACUCACUCGCUGUACAGAAUGAUAUUCCUCACCGCACUGCCUCUGUUCUGGAUUAUGAUUUCAGCCUCCCGAGGGGGUCACUGGGGUGCCUGGAUGCCCUCGUCCAUUUCGGCCUUCGAAGGCACGUGCGUCUCCAUCCCCUGCCGCUUUGACUUCCCGGAUGAGCUGCGGCCCGCUGUGGUGCAUGGUGUCUGGUACUUCAAUAGCCCCUACCCCAAGAACUACCCCCCGGUGGUCUUCAAGUCGCGCACCCAAGUAGUCCACGAGAGCUUCCAGGGCCGCAGCCGCCUCCUGGGGGACCUGGGCCUGCGAAACUGCACCCUCCUGCUCAGCAACGUCAGCCCCGAGCUGGGCGGGAAGUACUACUUCCGUGGGGACCUGGGCGGCUACAACCAGUACACCUUCUCAGAGCACAGCGUCCUGGAUAUCGUCAACACCCCCAACAUCGUGGUGCCCCCAGAGGUGGUGGCAGGCACGGAAGUGGAGGUCAGCUGCAUGGUGCCGGACAACUGCCCAGAGCUGCGCCCUGAGCUGAGCUGGCUGGGCCACGAGGGGCUGGGGGAGCCCGCUGUGCUGGGCCGGCUGCGGGAGGACGAGGGCACCUGGGUGCAGGUGUCACUGCUGCACUUCGUGCCCACGAGGGAGGCCAACGGCCACAGGCUGGGCUGCCAGGCCUCCUUCCCCAACACCACCCUGCAGUUCGAGGGCUACGCCAGCCUGGACGUCAAGUACCCCCCGGUGAUUGUGGAGAUGAACUCCUCGGUGGAGGCCAUCGAGGGCUCCCACGUAAGCCUGCUCUGUGGGGCUGACAGCAACCCCCCGCCGCUGCUGACCUGGAUGCGGGACGGGACAGUCCUCCGGGAGGCGGUGGCCGACAGCCUGCUCCUGGAGCUGGAGGAGGUGACCCCCGCCGAGGACGGCGUCUAUGCCUGCCUGGCUGAGAAUGCCUAUGGCCAGGACAACCGCACCGUGGGGCUCAGUGUCAUGUAUGCACCCUGGAAGCCGACGGUGAACGGGACAAUGGUGGCCGUAGAGGGGGAGACGGUCUCUAUCUUGUGCUCCACACAGAGCAACCCGGACCCUAUUCUCACCAUCUUCAAGGAGAAGCAGAUCCUGUCCACGGUCAUCUACGAGAGCGAGCUGCAGCUGGAGCUGCCGGCCGUGUCACCCGAGGAUGAUGGAGAGUACUGGUGUGUGGCUGAGAACCAGUAUGGCCAGAGGGCCACCGCCUUCAACCUGUCUGUGGAGUUCGCCCCUGUGCUCCUCCUGGAGUCCCACUGCGCGGCAGCCCGAGACACAGUGCAGUGCCUGUGCGUGGUGAAGUCCAACCCGGAGCCGUCCGUGGCCUUUGAGCUGCCGUCGCGCAAUGUGACCGUGAACGAGAGCGAGCGGGAGUUCGUGUACUCGGAGCGCAGCGGCCUCGUGCUCACCAGCAUCCUCACGCUGCGGGGGCAGGCCCAGGCCCCGCCCCGCGUCAUCUGCACCGCGAGGAACCUCUAUGGCGCCAAGAGCCUGGAGCUGCCCUUCCAGGGAGCCCAUCGACUGAUGUGGGCCAAGAUCGGGCCUGUGGGCGCCGUGGUCGCCUUUGCCAUCCUGAUUGCCAUCGUCUGCUACAUUACCCAGACACGCAGGAAAAAGAACGUGACAGAGAGCCCCAGCUUCUCGGCAGGGGACAACCCUCCCGUCCUGUUCAGCAGUGACUUCCGCAUCUCUGGGGCACCAGAGAAGUACGAGAGCGAGAGGCGCCUGGGAUCUGAGAGGAGGCUGCUGGGCCUUCGGGGUGAGCCCCCAGAGCUGGACCUGAGCUAUUCUCACUCGGACCUGGGGAAACGGCCCACCAAGGACAGCUACACGUUGACGGAGGAGCUAGCUGAGUAUGCUGAAAUCCGGGUCAAGUGAAGGAGCUGGGGGCAGCCUGCGUGGCUGACCCCCCUCAGGACCCUCGCUGGCCCCCACUGGCUGCGGGCUCCCUUCCUCCCAAAAGUAGCGGGGGCUGGGGCAGGAGGGGAAUGAGGCAGGUGACAGUGAGGUCCUGGGGGCCUGACAUCCCCCUCCUUCCCAGCUGCCCCUCCCUGCCAGCACCCCCAUGCCCUCAUUACGGCUCCUCUCUAACCUCCUUUACCCUCAUCUGUCUGGAGGGGAGCUCUGUCUGUCCGUGUUAUUUAUUGCUACUCCCUGCCUGGUCUCCUGCCCCCACACCUGGCCCUGGGGCCUGUACAAAAGGGACAUGAAAUAAAUGCCCCGAAGCAAAAUGCCA